AUGGGCAACGGUAAUGUUUUGACAGAUAACUCAGACCACAAUCAAGCUUUUCAAUAUGCAAGGCAGUUGUAUUACUUGUCUGGGUCUGAUUUUUUUCCUCGGAAGCUGGUUUCCAGUGUAACGCAGGCUGGACUUCAUGAUGCAAGUGACACCAUGGAAAUGUUUGCUCCUCCUCUGCUCCCUGCCUCAGAGCCUGGGAUGAACCACUGUUCUUCCACCUACAAAAACAUGGAACAGACUCCAGGGCAGCAGGAUCAGGUGAUGAGGCAGCAGAUUGAGCAGCUGCAAAGGCUGGUGGCUGAACAGCAGAAGAUGAUUGCACUUUACAACCCAGGCUUUUCUGUUUCUUCUGGGAUACCUUCUCGUCUAGUAGCCAUGAUGCCACCCCAUCCAUGCUUUCCACCUACUUUCGUUCCUGUCCAGUUCCCAUCAGAAAAUUCUUCCCAAGUUAAGAGCCCAGAGUGCUUACAGACCUCUCCCUUGGCAACAUGCUCUGCUUGGCAAAGCAGAUCUUCACCAGUCAUGCCAAAUGAGAGCAGUUCAGAAAUCUCAGGAGAGCAUGUGCAGCUUUCAGAUUCAGGGAUAAGCACUGAGCCAUUGCUUCAGUGGACUGAGAGCCUGACAAAAACACUUUCCAGAGAAGAUGCUCAGGAAGAGGAUAGAAGAGAAAACAAAGAUAAGAGUCAAUUAAAAGAAAGGAGUUUCCCUGAAACUUUUUCUGCUGUCAAAGAAGAACAAAGAGAACAAGUAAAGGAGGACAUUCCUCAAUCUCCCUUUGGCAUAGAGGAGGAGAUGAAGACUGGAAACAUAGAAGACAGACCAAUCAGACCAGCAAUUGGUAUUAGACAGAAGACUUCUAAAGAAUUUGUUCAACAGCAACCCAAAGUAAACAAAAAACUCACAGAAAAACUGCAGAAGGAGCAUCAGAGCAAGGCAAAAGUAGCACCUCAGAAGGCUUUUCUGAAACGAAAAGAAGGUACAGCAAAGUUCAAAAAUAAUAAGCAGAAGCCUUUGAAAGAAGAUAACAAAUAUUCCAGAAGAGUUGCUCUAUCCUGCUGGGGUCAUUUUUCCCAGCCUGGUCAGGUGGAUGCAGGCAUGCUGCAUGGGAAAUGCUCUCAGUUAAAUCUGCAGGUCAGUAGCUCCAUGCAGAUGGGUACACAUGAAAAAAAAGCAGACUAUGCUUUAGCUGAGUGGGAGAUAAAAGCUCAGACUGAUUGUGAAGCAAAAGUAGUUGAGCAAAGUGCAGAAGAAAAAGAAGUUAUCAUGAGAGAUGAAGAUGUAAAAGAAAAUCCUACUGACUCGCAACAGAGAAGAUGGCCUGAAAUCCUGCAACUGUGUCCUGAAACAGUAACAGAAAUGAACCUAUGACUUGGUGAGGAAAGGGAGACUCACCAUACAGAUUCUCUAGGGCAAGCAGGCAGAACUGAUGGAAGACUUGUGGAGGGUACACUGCAAAGGGACAUAGGUAGGGUGGAUCAACCUCUGAAGGGUUAUCUCAUAGAGGGAGCAACCCGCCCCUUGGAAGUCCUGCAAAAGCAUUCUCCACUUCAGGAUUUAGAAACAGAUUGCAUCAAGAAGACAGAGUGGAGUGCAGGCCCUGCAUUAGCACAGGAUCAGCAGAGGGUUCAGGUAUGUCCAGAGAAACUUGUUUCAGGGGACCAGAGCUCAGAAAGCAAAAGACAAAUCCAUACUGGUUUUAAGAUGUUCAAUGAUAACAUAGUAAAGAUUACAUGUAGCUCACCUGAGGCUGUGGAGAAAGGAAGCUCAUCCUCAGCCUUGCAGAAGAAGUGGCAAAGGAAGGGUACAGCUGUCCCAAUGUGGCAUACUGCAUCUUUGUCCUGUGAGUCAAGCUGCUUAUCCUCCAACAGUGAUGAUGACUCCAAAUCUCACCAUGCACAGUAUCACUCCCAGCAUGGACCUCAGGCAGUAGACGAUACUGACAAACAUUCAGAUCUCUCUGAUGGUGAUUAUGCCAGCAGUGAGCCAAGUGGAACUGAAAAAAUAUCUACCAGAAAGUGCAGCAGAUCACCUCCAAGGAAAAAAGAUACUCAAGUGAUCUCAAGACAACAAAUUCCCUCCUGCAGCACAAGUAGCAGCGAUUCCAGCACUGGGGUUGUCAGGCUGAAAGGGAGCAAGACUCACUCUUCUCUUCAGCAGUCACUAUUUUGUCUCACAAAAUCAAAAAGAAGAGAGCAUGAGCCUGAAUCAAAGAAUGAGAAUAGGGUCAAGAAUGUUAAAACCAAUCAUCUACCACCCUCAACAGUGGCUAGUGAGAUUCCUGCUUUCAGGAUUAAAGAAACACCUGCAAUGGAUGAACCACAAAAAAAACUGUUGACAGAUACUUCAGAUUUCUUUAUAGAAGAAAUUCAGAACAUCCUUACCAGAGGAUUAGAGAUGGGUGUAUAUAGCAGAGGAGCACCUUCACUGACUAACAUAAAAGAGGAAGCAAUGCAUUUUUGCAGAUCACGAGUGGACCAGCUUAAGACUGUUAUGAGCGAGAAGUUAAGUCACCAUUUGGAAUACAACAGAGACCGAAUUCACCCACUGCAGAAAGAAAAAAGUGCCUAUAGCAAGUUCAAAGGAACAGCUGGAGUCACUGGAGCAAAUGUGAAAUCAGAAGAAAUACAGAUAUUAAAACAGCAGAUUGCUGGACUGCAAGAGGAGUUCAAGAGAAAUGAGUCCUGCUGGCAUGCUGCCUACAACAAGCUGAGACACCAGGUUGAGACCCUGACCACGCAGAAUAUGGAGAUUCGUGAUGAGCUCAGAGUUUCAGAACAUCGGAGGUGGAGAGAGGAAAAACUCCAAGGAGCUGAGAAUUUCAUGCACAGCAAAUCAGUGACGCCGGUUGCAGAAGCUAUUCUGCGAGAGACAGCAUCUUCACCCAAACAAGAAGAAAGAUCACGACAAGAUAAUCACAAGAGCCAUGCGGAGGUGAAGACAUCUUUUCAAAAGCACUUUGUUAGAGAUGUGAAUAGCAAACCAAUAAAAAGCUCUCUGCAAAGGGCUGAUCCUUUGAGAGCGAUGACAAAGGGACAUCUAGAAAAGAAACCAUCCAACUGCUCCCUUAGCAGAAGCACAACACCGACUGGCAGGAGGACACCUCACCUGGGAAGACUGGCACCUUUUGAACCAGAAAGAGUUGUACAUCAGCCUUUUCCCACUGGGAGAAGAACAGAUGAUAGGAAAUCACCUGGAGCUGUCUCACAUCUGAGUGGUUUUAAGGAGCCUAACUCACAUUCCUGUAUAAAAGGCAGGUCUUUGCCCAUUUCAGACAGCUCAGAAGACAUGCUCCUCUCACAUAACCACAGCAACAACACUUGCAGCUUUGUACUCUGCAGUGACAAUGAAGAAACAGAGGAAGAAGAGACUCUUCAUCUUAAAAAGGCAGAAAAAUUGCAAAAAACUCAGAAUAAAGUGGCUUUUGUGACCACACAUAGGAGAAGUGGCAUAACUGCAGGUGACAGCAAAGUAUCCACAGACGACUCUGAAGUAAAGCCUCCAAAAUCAAUAUUAUCUAGAAGGCCAUCAUUACGUCAAGAAAGAAGAAAAAGUGAGGAAGAUGUGCAAGAAAAAAUAGAGUAUCCUGAUGGAAAGGUAGAAGAAGUGCUUAAUGAUGGACGUCGAAUCAUCACUUUUCGCAACGGUACUAAAAAAGAGAUCAGUGCUGAUAAAAGGAUGACAACGAUCAGCUUUUUCAAUGGAGACAUAAAGAAGAUCAUGCCAGAUCAAAGAGUGAUUUAUUAUUAUGCAGAUACACAGACAACCCACACUGCUUAUCCAGAUGGCCUGGAGGUGCUGCAGUUCCCUAAUAAUCAGAUAGAAAAAUUUUAUCCUGAUGGCACACAGGAAAUUGUGUUCCCAGAUCACACAGUGAAACACCUCUAUAGUGAUGGACUGAAGGAAACUUUUUUCCCAGAUGGUACAGUGGUAAAAGUAAAAAAGAACGGAGAUAAAAUUGUGAUAUUCAGUAAUGGCCAAAAGGAGAUUCACACUGGGCAGUUCAAGAGGCGGGAGUACCCCGAUGGCACUGUAAAAACUGUGUUCUCCAAUGGCAGACAGAAAACCAAGUACUCCACUGGAACAGUUCAAAUCAAAGAUGAGGAGGGUAAUAUCAUCCUAGAUAAGAAGUGA